CAGCUUUCUCUCUCUUCUCUCAGUUGUUUAUCCUCAUCCAAGAACAUGGAGGACGAGGUGGAUGUUGACAUCGAAGGAGACCAUUUGGACAGCGAUAUUCGUGAGGUGGAUGGAGGAGGUUUAGUCCCGGAGCAGAUCAUUCAGGCUGCGGGGAGGAGCAGCUCCUGGAUGCUGCCCUGGGAGCUGGACAGCUCCAUCAGCCCGGAGAACAGAGAGGUGAUAGAGAGGAUGCUGCUGGAGGAACAAUAUUACCUGACAGGUAAGGAGAUUCCAGACCAAAUUUGGCAGAGUGAUGCCAACAAAAAACCCAAAGUGAAAAAGUCUCCAGUCAAGAAUCCCGCUUCAGCCUCUGGUUCAUCUUCUCGCUGGUCCAAACAGGAGAAGGACCUGUUUGAGGAAGGACUGGCUCAGUUUGGUCGAAGGUGGACUAAGAUCGCCAAGCUGGUGGGCAGUCGAACUGUUCUUCAGGUCAAGAGUUAUGCCAGACAGUAUUUUAAACACAAGGCUAAAUCAGAACCCAGAGCUGCAGCUCCCUCUGCAGGUCCAGUGUUGCACUUACAGCCUCCUCAGCCCACAUCCAGUCAUGCGUCCAGUCUGGCCAAUGCAGUCCGCAUCGAGAAGCUUUCUGACGAUGAGGAUGAGGACGUGGACAUCACUGAUGACCUGAGUGACGAUAAAGGCGCAGAUGAUAAACCACAGGUCCGGCUCAAAACUGAGUUCUGUGUGCCAGAAGAGCAAACAGAGGCUGAGAUUCCAACAGGCAGAGCUACAAAAGAAGAGAAUGAGGAGGGUUUGAGUGACGUAGAAAGCAUCCAUGAGACAAAGGACCAACCCAGAUUGAGCUCUCUUUCUCAAUGCUCGUCUUCAAUUCUUUGCUCAGAGAAACAUGGUGUGACCGGGGUGGACGAGAAAGCCAGCAAGACAGUUUCUGUGUUUCCAGAAAGCCCUCAGACACAAUCACAAACAGACUCUAAGCUAAUGACUGAAGCAAACCAGGACCAAAGCUCCCAGUGUGAGAUCUCACCAUGGACCGAUCAACUGGAAGACCCCUACAUUGAUAACUUGGAUCAAGCUGAUAAGAUUCACAAGAGUAUAGAUGCUGGACCAGAAAGAGACCAGGAGGAGGAAGAGGAUGAAGACGAGGAAGAAGAGGAGCUUAAAGCCCCCGAACAAGAAAUAGAGAUGGACAUGGAAGCCAUCACCGAGGAUGAGAAACAAGCCAUCCCCGAGUUCUUUGAGGGACGACCGUCCAAAACCCCUGAAAGAUAUCUGAAGAUUAGAAACUACAUCCUGGAUCAGUGGCUAAAGAGCAAACCGAAAUACCUGAACAAGACGUCGGUGCGCCCUGGUCUGAAGAACUGCGGAGACGUUAACUGCAUAGGAAGAAUACACACCUACUUGGAACUCAUUGGAGCCAUCAACUUCAGUUGUGAGCAAGCUGUGUAUAAUCGCCCAAAGGUGGUGGACCGCUCCAAGCAUAAGGUGGGCAAAGAUGUUCUUGAAGCUUAUCAGCUGGCGCAGAGACUGCAGAGUAUGCGGACCAGGAAGCGACGUGUGCGGGACAUAUGGGGGAACUGGUGUGAUGCUAAAGACUUGGAAGGACAGACAUAUGAGCAUCUCAGUGCCGAAGAACUGGCUCUGCGGAGAGAAGCGAUGAAGAAGCAGCCGAAACCCUGCAAGAUGUCCAGAUACCGAGGGUCUUUUGAUCCUUUCCAGCUGAUUCCCUGCAGAUCUUUUGAAGAGGAUGUGCAGGAACCAUUCCAGGUCAUUGUGUGUGCUGAGACUCUUCUCAUCAUGGACAUGCACGCCCACGUGUCCCGAGGGGAAGUCAUUGGUCUGCUAGGUGGAACUUUCAAUAAGGAAGCCAAAGUAUUGAAGAUCUGUGCUGCAGAGCCAUGUAACAGUGUCAGCACAGGUCUGCAGUGUGAGAUGGACCCGGUGUCCCAGACUCAGGCCUGUGAUGUGCUGUCGUCUCUGGGUUUCAGUGUGGUUGGCUGGUACCACUCACAUCCUUCCUUCCACCCGAACCCUUCAGUCCGGGACAUAAACACACAGGACCAGUUCCAGAGUUAUUUCUCACGGGGUGGAGCCCCCUUUAUCGGGAUGAUCGUGAGCCCAUAUGACCCAGCGAACCCCUCCCCUCAUUCCCAAACUACCUGCUUGUUGGUAAAAGAGAGUCAAGAGCCUUCAGGCUUUCAGAAGCUGCCCUACAGAUUCGACUUCCUGUCAUCACAAGACAUCCCAGACUGGGAACAGACGAUGAGGAGGGCUCAGUGGAUCAUCCACAAAUACUCUCAAACACCCGGGAGUGUGCAGAUGAACAGGAUGUUCCGUAGAGACUCCCAUCUCACCUGUUUGGAGAAGAUGCUGGCGUCUUUGGCGAGGUAUUUGGAAUCGCUGCCAGAUGAGGAGGGACACCCCUUCCUCACCCAGAUCCAGGCCCUUUUCCAGUCAGACUUUAUUUCAAAGCAACAAUCUUCUGACCAGGAAGAAGGAGAAUCUUUAAGUUUGUCAUCCAAACCAGUGGACUCAGAAGACCUCGCUUUUGAUCAGUUGAUCAGUCAAGAGACACCACAGGAGGGACGAAAGGACUCAGAGACAAACAGCAGCACAGUGUUACACCUCGGCUCUGUGUUGUCAACCGAACAUGAUUAUUUACUAUGAAAAACCAAAUAGCCGACUGUUCUUGUGCUAUACUGCAGUAUUUACAGUGCCUAUCAUAAGUAUUCACCCCCUUUGAUGUUUUACCCAUGGUCAAUAAAAUUUGGCUCUCUUAACACAAAAAUUUAUUGGAAAAAACUCUUUAAUGUCAAAGUAAAAACAGAUUUCUGUAAAGUAAUGUUGAUGAAAGAAAAUUAUACAAAUAAAAAUAAUUGUUUGCAUAAUUAUUCACCCCCUUUUUAAUUUAAUGGUCUAAUUCAAUAGAGGUCCAUCAAAUUGUUGCCAAUAGUCUCACAAUUAGUGAAAUGAAGAUCACCUGAGUGGUGUGGGUGUGUUUCAAAUGAUUGAGUUGUAAAACACCUGUGUCUGAAAGGUCCAGAGAGUGGUUGAUCAGUAUUCCUGGCUACCAUUACACCAUGAAGACAGAAGAACACUCUAAGCAACUCAGGGAAAGGGUUAUUGAGAAGUACAAUUCAGGGGAUGGUUACAAAAAAAUUUCCAAGGCACUGAACAUCCCCCGGAGUUCAGUGAAAUCAAUUAUCAAGAAAUGGAAGGAAUAUGGCACUUGUGUGAAUCUGCCUAGAUCAGGCCGCCCUCGUAAACUGAGUGAGCGUGCAAGUAGGAGACUAGUGAGAGAAGCCACCAAGACCCCUACAACUACUCUGAAGGAGUUACAAGCUUCAGCUGCUGAGAUGGGAGAGACUGUGCAUGAAGCAACUGCUGCCCAGGUUCUUCACCGGUCAAAGCUUUAUGGGAAAGUGGCAAUGAGAAAGCCACUGUUGAAGAAAAGUCAUACUAGGUCUCGACUAGAGUUUGCCAAAAAGCACGUGGAAGACUCCAUGGUCAAGUGGAAGAAGAUUCUUUGGUCUGAUGAGACCAAAAUUGAGCUUUUUGGCCAUCAGACAAGACGUCAUGUUUGGCGGAGACCAAACACUGCACAUCACCAAAAACACACCAUCCCCACUGUGAAGCAUGGUGGUGGCAGCAUCAUGCUGUGGGGAUGUUUCUCAGCAACUGGGCCUGGAAGACUUGUAAAGAUAGAGGGCAGAAUGAAUGCUGCAAAAUACACUGAAAUCCUGGGGGACAAUCUUUUUCAGUCUGCAAGAGAACUACGUCUUGAGAGAAGAUUUAUUUUCCAGCAAGACAAUGAUCUGAAACAUACUGCAAAAGCUACACAGGAAUGGUUAAAAAAAGAACCAGGUAAAUGUUCUGGAGUGGCCGAGUCAAAGCCCAGACCUCAAUCCUAUAGAGAAUUUGUGGCUGGACUUGAAAAGGGCUGUUCAUGCCCGAUACCCGCGCAACCUGACAGAGCUUGAGCAGUUUUGCAAAGAAGAAUGGAGCAAAAUUGCAGUGGGCAGAUGUGCAAGACUGAUUGAGACCUAUCCACACAGACUCACUGCUGUGAUUGCAGCCAAAGGUGCAUCUACUAAAUACUGACUUGAAGGGGGUGAAUAAUUAUGCAAACAAUUAUUUUCAUUUAUAUAAUUUUCUUUCAUUAACAUUACUUUAUAGAAAUCUGUUUUCACUUUGACAUUAAAGAGUUUUUUCUAAUAAAUAUUUUUGUUAUAAAAGCUAAAUUUUAUUGACCAUGACUGAUUUAUGAAAGCAAUAAAAGGGUAAAACAUCAAAGGGGGUGAAUACUUAUGAUAGGCACUGUAACAAAUUGUGAAACUUUUUUACCAAACACAGGACGUUUUGUAUCUAUAGUAAUAACUUACUUAGUUUUUAUUUUGUUUUAUUCCAUCAAGCAAAUACCGUGUGAUUCACUCAAUAGUUUGUGUUUGAGAGAGACAGACAGACUGUGUGUGUGUUCUGGUGAGAAUUCUCAAUCAAUCUGGUUUCUUUUAAACCUGAAAUAAAAAUCUAUUUUCAUAUUUA